AGCUCACGACCUGCAAAUCGCAAAUCACAUAGCGGUUCACUGAACUCUUCUUGUUCAACAAACACAACUACAAGUCACAAUGACACCGACCAAAUCCUCAGGAUCAAAAGGCAAACCCAGUGGAAAAGCCAACUCCUCGUCCAAAUCCAAGCCCAAAGGCAGCGCACCAACCGGAAUCUCCAAGCGCAAAGCCAAAUCUCUCGCCCUCGCCAAACCCGGUGGUGCGCAAAAGACCAAAUCCCUCACGUCCAGCGACACCAAGCAGAAGAAGAAGCGCGUCUACACGGAGAAAGAGCUCAACAUUCCUAAGCUCAACGGCAUCAUACCCGCCGGCAUCGCAAAGCCCAAGGGCCAGAAGAAGGGGAAGGUUUUCGUGGAUGAUCCGGAGAGCAUGAUGGCGAUUAUGAGUGUGGUUCAGGCGGAGAAGGAGGGACAUAUUGAGAGUAAGAUUCAGAAGGCGAGGCAGUGGGAGGAGGUGAGGGAGGCGAAGAGGAAGGAGAUGGAGAAGAGGAGUGAGGAGAAGAAGAAGAAGUUUGAGGAGAAGAAGGAGGCGUUGAAGGGGAAGAAAGGGAAGAGGAGGCAUAGCGAUCGCGCAAGGGUGGCCGUGGAAGAGGAGGAUGAGAAGCCUAAGGAGAAGAAGGCGAGGAAGAGGGUGUCUUUCGGUUGAAAGCUCGGAGGUUGGCGAUGGGCGAUUGAUGCCUAGGAAAGGUAUCCGUAUAGCAGUCAAUGCAUCUACUGACUGCGCAUCUCUAUAGUAG